CACCUUGAUAAUUUAUUUUAUAUGACUGAAUGGAUGUUUUAUAUCAUCACAUACACUUAAAUUUGGGUCUCUAAAUGUAUUGAGAUAGUCGACUAUUUCUUCCGCUCUGACAAGCAGGGACGACUUUCCCGUUCAGUUGAUUAAUUCUUCUCUCGACGGGAGUUGCAGGUAUUUAAAAUCGUGCCCACAAUACAAGCUUCCAGAUGUGAAUAUUUUAUCUAACUACAACACCUAGAAAUCAACAGCCUUAAAGGAAAGUAUGGUUAAAAAAUUAUCUUUCUGAGGAUUUGUUAUAGAGUAAGAAGUUAUAAACAAAUGGAAUUGCGCAAUCUCAUUAUUACAGUGUUAUGGAUGGCACUUUGCACGCAGGGUUCUUCAGGUUCUUUACAAUGUAGCUCUCAAAAACCUCUGUUGAACGGCUCAUAUUUGAAGAACGGAGCUGCGGCAGGGCGAUUUAAGUAUUUAGCCAGCGUCAAUGACUUUGGUAACUGCACUAAACUUGCUUGUGAAUAUGAAAAACAUGGAGAUCAUGAGUUUGCCUACCUGUUGGACGGCCAAUGUUUCAUUGUGACCUGUCGAAGUGAGAAAUCAUGCGAAACUAUGAGGCAGCCAUAUAUCGUUCCACUAAAGUUGGCAAAGUUGGAGUGGUCAGAAGCGCCUCCUGAAACUCCUUCAUCUCGCGGCAAUGUUUCAACAGCUCCAACUUCCACGACACCAACGAAGAAACCGGCCACAAAUUCUACCAAAGGACCUCAAAGAAUUGCACCGGGACAGAGAGGUCCAGAUGGAAAAGUCGCUAUGACCACAGAGCACAGGCUUCUCCAGGAUAUAAUUUACACCGACAGCUAUAAUAGAGAGGUCCGACCAGCACUUCGCGAUAGUGAUGUUGUCACGGUCCUUUUUGGAGUGAAGCUUGUCCAGAUCGUGGACGUGGAUGAGAAAGCGGAGACCUUAAAAGUGAACGUCUGGACUACACAAAAAUGGAAAGAUCCCUUUCUGCAAUGGAACCCUGAUCAUUACGAUGGAAUCAGCACAAUCAACGUGGAACCAAAUUUAGUUUGGCUGCCUGUCAUUAUACUUUACAACAACGCUGCCAAGGGUUUCACUGGUGGACUGGAAAAGUACAAGACAAAAGUACUAAUUGACAGCAAUGGUACAGUCACAUGGUAUUCCGCGACGCAGUUCAUUUCGUCCUGUAAACAGAAUAUCCGCUUCUUUCCUUUUGACGAGCAAUUCUGUUAUUUAAAAUUUGGAUCUUGGACUUAUAAUGUGAAGUAUCUUGACAUGACAACGAAUCAUACAACCGCUGACAUGUCGGCUUGGAUAAAAAAUGGCGAAUGGGAGGUGAUAGAUGUUCCAGUUAAGAAAAACCAGCUCUAUUAUGCAUGCUGCCCUGACCCGUACGCUGACAUCACCUACACUAUCCACAUGAAGAGGAAGGUACUUUACUACAUAUUCAACCUGAUCAUCCCUACAACCAUCAUCGUCUUCUUUAUUCUGGUCGGCUUCUGUCUUCCGCCGGACACCGGGGAGAGAAUCACUCUGAACAUCACUGUGCUGCUGACAAUGACAGUGUUUUUGAACAUUGCGUCUAACACCCUGCCCUCCACCUCGGACAGCCUUCCUCUCCUGGGGGACUAUUACCUGAUUCUUAUGAUCAUGGUUUGCUUUGCGAUUCUCUCCACUUGUGUUGUCCUUCGGUAUUACUAUGCAACGCCAACGCGCAUGCCCGAGCGUCUGCGCGUGAUAAUAAAUGAAUGGAUUGCGUCGCUACUCUUUUUCGUCAUUACGAAGAAACCCAAGAACAAAGUUAUCAGUCAGUGGUGUAGAAAACGAACCGAAGAGGCGUGUUACGACUGCCACGAGUCUAACAACUUUAUGGCUGCGCAGAGCUUUAUUGUCCAAAACGAGAACAACACCGCCGAGGAACGAAUUGCUCUGAUCGAAAUAACGCCAAAAAAUCACCACACGCGAGCCAAUGGGAUACAAAAUGAACAUCGAAAGACGCCGUCUAGUGCAUCACACCAGAAAUCCAAGAGUGAGCCAGCCAUCAAUCUGAGCAGUGGAGCGUCAACAGCUUCAGAAAGGCGGUUGAGAAGGCGAAAGAUGUCCGUACUUCCCAAACGUGGUAACGCUUUAAAUACCCUACAAAACAGAGUUAUGGAAGGACUUGGAGUCCUAACUCGCCGCGUUAAAGAAGACAACGAAACAGAAGAGAUUGUUUUGGAAUGGCAAUUCGCAGCGAUUGUUCUCGAUCGUUUGUUUUUUGUCCUGUACUCAAUCACUUUCAUCAUUCCUUUGUUUGUUUUCUUCUACGCUUCGCCGACUCCACCAGUCAGCAAAGUGGAACCACAGUAAGAAAAACGUCUGUCGCCUACUGAGUGACUAGCCUUACGACGAGACGAUCAGAUGUCAUGAAUGGAAUGGAUUCAUAUCACUUUAAUUGUCUAUGACACUAGCAUGAGUAACUUCACAACUCAACGCCUGUGCUCCGGGCUCUAACUCGUUCCCAGGCGUCUUCAUAACACGUGCGCCAGGGGUAUAAAAAGAAUGAUGAAAGGUGAGAGAGGAAAGACUUUUUUCACCUCUCGCUUUUUUCUCACCCAUCACACUUCGCACUCCCGCGUCAAUAGUGUUGAGCCCGCGUUGUUGAGAUGAUUGGGAUGAGUUAUCUCCAGGCUGGAGUACGCUCCGCACGUGGCAAAGAAUAGAGGCUUGGGUUGACAAUCUACAUAAAAGUUAAAAUAACUUCUGGGAAGCACUAUUACCAAAAUUGACCCUGCACGGCGACAAAAGCUAUUUAAUAACGAGAGGCCACGACUUAAAAAUUAAACAGAGAAGUUCAAAAUAAAAUCAGCUGGUGUCUUUUAAUAUUUCUAAUGUAAUACAAAACUGUAAGACGUAAAAUAUUACUAUAACAAUGAUACACUUAAAAAAAUAAAAGUAAACAUUACAUUAGUUAAAAUUAUUUUCGUUUCUUUUAAUAGGAAAGAAAAUAUGA